CUUUCACAUGCCCAAUCAGCGUCAUGAAUGUGUGUUUAAAAUGAAAACGGCGGGAAACAGACAUGUCUUCUCCAUGUAAUUAUAAACAUUAUAUACUUAAAAACAUUAUUUCAACUUAUUUUAAAAUUAACCACCACUUGUAUACUCAUAAUCAAAACAUUGGCGUAUACCGUAGUGCAGUGCACAGUAUUGUUAAAAUUCUCUAUGUUUUAUUUUUACUUUCCAAGAUGAUAAUAGACGUGAUAAACUUCAUCUUGUAACAAUGUUAACGCAGUGUUUUAUUAUCAAUUUCCUGAUUUUACGAAUAUGUUGAUGAAUUUCACUUGACUAUUACACGUACAAUCGAUUGUUAUCAUUCGCGAGAUGAAUCGUUUCUCUGCCAUCUUGUUUUGGAAUAACGGUUUGUGUAAGAAGGGUUUAAAAUUUUCCCCUCUACUAGAAAAAAAAAUAUUGGGUUCUGUUUUUUAAUAAUGCCAGUUAAAGUAGACAUAGUACCACCCCCGCCAGCAAAUUCACAGCAGCCUGGUGUUACACAUUCGUUACUGUACAAUGGUUCUAGAUUUCAGGGUCAUCAAAAGUCAAAAGGAAACAGCUAUGAAGUCGAGGUUGUUUUACAGCACGUUGAUGAAGAGAAUUCUUAUCUCUGUGGGUACUUGAAAAUUAAAGGACUGACGGAAGAGUUCCCAACCUUAACAACGUUUUUUGACGGCGAAAUUAUCAGCAAAAAGUAUCCUUUCCUGACGAGAAAAUGGGAUGCAGACGAAGAUGUUGACCGAAAACAUUGGAACAAGUUUGGGUCUUUCCUCCAGUAUGCCAAGUCCUUCAACUCGGAUAGUUUCGACUACGAAAAACUCAAAAAGGAAGGUUUUGUGUUUAUGAGGUGGAAGGAGCACUUUCUCGUGCCGGACCAUACCAUAAAGGAUAUAAACGGUGCGUCGUUCGCUGGGUUUUAUUACAUUUGCUUCCAGAAGUCUGCUGCAACCAUCGAAGGUUACUACUACCACAGGAGCUCGGAAUGGUACCAGUCUCUGACGCUGACCCACGUCCCAGAGCACAGCAUACAGAUCUACGAGUUCAGAUGAAAUCAGCACGGACUGUGGCAGCUCAGCGGACGGGCUGGCGUGUCCGAACAUUUCGAUACCCAUAGUUCCCCGAGCUGUCGUGCGGUGAACGUGUGCAAAUAAAAUUUAAAAAAAAAAAUAAAUAAAAUAAAAGAGUGUAAUAAUUUUUUUGAAGUGCAAUUUUUGCUUCGGUCUUUGCAAACUCGAGAGAUACUUUCGUACUUUUCUCAUCGGGAGAAAAAAUUACCGUGUUUGCAAUGGUGAGGAACUUCAGUGACGUUAAGAUUUUUUGUAUAUGUCUGAACUGGGAAAGAAUAUGUUUGUGGGUGGUAUCUGGGAUGCCGUUCAUUUAAAUAUAUUUUUGUCCUGGGCUGUCUAAAAUACAGAGUAUAUAGUGAUUUAUAGUUAUUUAAGAAAACAAUUGUUACAUUUAUUGCAUGGAAGAAUUGAUGUUACGUUUGCAGCACCUGUGGUGUUGGUUGUUAUUUUUUACAUUGUAUAUUGAACUAUUUUUAUUUUUUGUGUUGGCUCUCUAGUUUGUAGUUUUUGCAGUUGGAUGAAUUAAUAUAAUACUCAGAUCAAAGGGUUUUUUCUGCACCGUCUUGCAGUUGGUUUGUGCAGUGUUAGCGGGACUUGUUUUCGAUAGUCGUUGAAUGUCCGGUAAUGUGGUGUGUUGCGAUGUAAGGAUGUAACCCUGUCAAAGCUUUUUUUUGUCCUAGAAUCAUACUUAUUAACUAUGAAGACUUCUGUUUAGGGUUCUGUUAUGUAUGUGUGUAUUUUAUCAGAUGCAAAACUAUUCAAGCUUAUUGAGCAGGUCAAACAACUCGAAAAUCUUUAGCGUUGCUUUUUUGUAAUGUUGAAAUGGAAGCUAUAGAGAAUUCCUGCCUAACUGAAUACUCUUGGCUUCUCUGUCAAGAAGUUCAUCAAGGCAUGAAACUACAACUCGUGAUGUUGGAUCUGAUACAAGUCAGGCUUUGCUUUUGUUAAAGCUUGUGUGGCUUUCGACGUAAAUGCCCGUGGGAGGUUGAUUCUACAAUGGUGUCUGCAGAUCACGAGAGUCACGUAGAAGUAACUAAAUAAACAGUGACUGUGCUGCAAGUCACAAAAAUUUAAUUUCCAGCAGUUUCUUGUUAACGUGAAUUUGGUUUUUGGCUGCCUCACUUCAUUCAUGUAGAUUCACAUUAAAUACAAAAUAGUUGGUGAGUCACUGAAAAUCAUGGGCAGAUUAAAUCAUCUCUGAAACUUUGUUCGAAUGUCCUGGAAAAGUUAAGAAAUUGGUUCACCAGGUAUUGGUACGCAACCUGUAAAGUGUUCGGAUUGGCUGGGGCAGUUGUGGAACUAGUAAAUGAGCAGCCAAUCACGGUUUUUAAACUGCAUUUGAGGUUUAUCUUGCUGGAAAGGCAUUAAAGUAAGGAAGUCAUAUUUUAAAACAAUGUAAUUGUUUAGUGACAACAGGAAUGACUGAAAAUGGAAACUAAAUUUGGUGAAUUUUCAUGCACAUAAAAAAAAAUGGUUGAUUCAUAGUACAUAGUUCCCACACGCAGAAGUCGGGAAUAGAUUAGAAUUUUGGAAAAUGGCAAGGAAAAAAAUCAGGAAUUAUUAUUUGAGAAGAGUAGCUAGCAUUGUUAGUGUAGUCAAAUUUGCAUAAAAUUCUCAUCAUUUUCCUCGCUGAAAAGUAAUUCAAAGUCAGGAAUUUAGGUGUUUGCAAUUUCAGUGGGAAAUAUUGUUAUUAUGCAUCUCAUACUUGGUUCUAUGUGUGUGGAACUGUUGUGUAGUUUCUAAUUCAUUUGUGCUAUAACUCGGGCACACAAUCUGUGUGUUUAUUGUAAAUAAAAAUGUGAUUACCUACUGAAGCGUCUUUUAACUCCAACAAAAAAUUUAUUGAAUUCAAUCUUUUGACUUCAGUCUAUUAAAUUCCAUGCUGUAAUACACUUCAGAGGUAACUUUCAGUGUAUGUUAAAAAUGUUAAUUGAAUUGAAUUGAAUUUCUUUCUCUAUUUUGGUAUUUAGAAUUUUUUUUAAGUGCUGUAAUAAUAAAUAUUUUUUUAUUUGAAAAGUACAUUCUUGAUGUAUUUCUAUUUUUCAAGUAGAAACUAUAGUAAAAACAAAUUAUAUUUAACCAUGCUAGGUUGGCAUUAUCUUGUACCAUGUAUAAAAGUUAGGAAUUACAGAAAGUUAUUAGAUCACUGUUAGGAUACAUUUUUUUAUGCAAUAGCAGUAGAGCUGUUAUAAAUUAUGAAUUAAAUUUGUUACUCAAGAAAUGUAGUAAAUGUUUGAAAUGAAAACCUUACGAUUGGAUUUUCUUGAAUGUCGGAAUGGUUGGCUAGUUGUUAUCGUGACAAAAUUCAUCAUGCAAAAGGUUGAAUUCAAAUAAAGAUUAAUGGCUUUAAGAUAAUUUUAUCAUAAAUACUGUUUUUUGAUAUAUUGCUGUCCAUAUUAAUUUUUUUUUUAAAUAUAUUCUUAGGUAUAUCAUCAAAAGCUUUUAUCCUUGUCAAUACUUUUAAAAAAAAAAUUAUCAAGAUAACCCAGUUGUGCAAUCAUCAUUUACAAAAUAAUGCUGUAAAAGGCUUUACUGAGUACCUACCAUACUUAAUAAAAGUUUUUGACAAAAGAUGUUUUAUAAAAAUGGUAAACCUAAUUUAGAGUACUUUUUAGUCUUGACAUCAGUGUGUACUAUAAAAUUAUUCAGUGUUUAAGUGCAAUUAUUAAUACCCGGUUUGACAACAAGUAUUACCAUUUAUGAAUAAAACAAAUGGCUGGAAUCAUCUUAAUGUGAAAUGGCUACUGCAAAAACUCUAGUGAUAGAAAUCAGUAAUUUAACAUUUAUGAUCUGUAUGUACAUACACUUAAUGUGAGUAGAUGAAAAAUCGUAAGUUUUUUAAUUCAUGCGUAGCUUUAAGUGCUUAGUCCUUAUUUCUAGACCUAAUGCCAGUUGCACCAUUCGGGUUCCAUUUUCAGUUGUAGAUCGUGUUCAUUUAUGAGCUAUGAUCGGCACUCUGAAAUCUUGCACUGUUCGAGGUCAUCACAUGACCUGUGAUUGAUUGACUUGGAUUAUCAUUGGGAUUAUCUUUUCUUUUCUUGACUUGACCGAAGUUCAAAGAAGUGUUUGCAACUAUAAUCAAAUGUAACUAACUACUCAACAUUUUAAGAAUUUUGUUCCAUCAGUACCACUCAGUACUUGAUGAUACAGAUGAUUUAAAAACUAUAUGACAUUUGCAUCACGUUUACCGUAAAAUUAAUUUCACACACUUUUGAGAUUUUGUUUUGAGGUUAAAGAGAGAUUUAAAUCAAAAGUACUAGGGCAAUAGUUUACUAAUGUACAAAAAUACCAUGGCGGAAUCAGGCAACAAAAAUUUAAUUCCCUUCAUUUUGUCACACAAUGGAACACAAGUCGUAACUGAGCACUGGUAAAUUCAUUACUAUGCAGAAUUUAAAGUUUGCAAAAUUUCAGAAGCAAAACUUAUAGUUAUCUCAAAAUGAUACUGUUUUUUGGUUGUGGUUAGGAAUUCUGUUGCAAGAGAUCUCUCAACAACAUAAAUUAUGGAAUAAUGCUUGAACUCUUAUGUGCAUAACCAGGAUCAACAAUUUAGUCAUCAAAAAUCUGUAAGCUUCAUUCCGUUAGAACCAGGGUGGUUCGAUCUCCGAUAAAGUGCAAUCUUCGUGCAACUGGCUACUUAGGUAGGUAAUUUCUCUGUGAACAGUUAGUUCUCUUUAUUUUUAUUUCUCUAUUUUAAUGGUUUUGUGUUAGACUAAGUUUUGGGUCCUUUUUUCAGAGUAUAUGAUCAUAGUAAUUAUAACUGAUAAACAAGAUAUUCAUUAUUGAAAAUUAUUGAUUUCACAGCAGUAUGUCUUGUUGACAGUCUGAUUCGAUUUGUGUUUGCCGUCGCCUACAGUUUAGGUCCACUGCAUUUUCACGUAUGGUUUUGUGGGAAGUCCUGCGAGUGUUUCACUAUGUAAGCGUUGAUUUGAAUGUUUAGUUGCAAUUAAUUUUUUUGCAAUUCAGGGUCUGGAAAAUUAGGGAAAAUCUGUUAAAAGUCAGGGAAACGGGAAUUGGUCAGAGAAUUUACUUGAAUUACUGGAAAAGGCAUGGAAAUUCCCCAGUGAUAGUAAUUUGACAGGAAAUAUCAUACUCCAUUCUGCCGUCAUCCUUACUGUGAAAGCAUUUAUUUUUCAGAUGGUGUGUUGUGUCGGUGGAAAGUCAUACACGUGGGAAAAUGUCUACUGUGAAGUUCUGUUUGAACCAGGCCAGCUGUGGGAAUGGGGGAUGCUGGUUUGUCUUUAUUUCUUUCAGAAAAUUGAAAAAUAGCUAAAUUAUUUUUAGAAAAAAAUUCAAUGACAUUUGUAAUUUUGGUAAGAGAAAAGUAAAAAAAAAUUUUUACUACGGAUUUGUGUGGACAUCUUUUACAUUUUGUGUGGUAUGUAUUUUUAAAAAGUCUGGGAUGUGUUUAUAACGGGACCAUUUUGAGUUUACGGACAUCAUCAAAUCAAAGAGGGUAUGGAGCUGAGAUAUUCUUCUCAGGAGAAAGUCUAUAAUUUAUUGGAGCACCAUAAAUUAAAAUUUUUAAUUCAUCCCCAUUUGUUUGUAUAAAUGUCAACAUUGCUCUUUUUUUUUGUGCUCUUCGUAAAUUUGUAUUUUUUGGAUUAAUUUUGUUCUUGUGUUAUUGGUUGAAGCACAGUUUAUUCUGCAAAAUUUUCCAGCCUGUGGUUACACAAUUCUCACGUAGACACUGGUGCAUCACUUGAGGGUGUUGGUUAGUGCUGCCGUGUUGGAGCGAUAACUUGAAGUUCCCAAGUCGGUGUUAAGGAAUAAAUUUUUAACUGGUUUUUCUGCCUAAUCCGAUUUAUGAGCCUGCUUUCUCGAAUGGCGAAAGUGGACAAUCCUUAUUCGCGUUGAUCUGUAGACACGUGUAAUUGUAAUCUUGAUCAUUUUGUUGUACAUAGUUGGUAUAGAGUUUUUGGCCGGGCACGUGUUAUGUGAUGAUGAUCUUACAAAAACCUCUCGUACAUAUCUGCAGGUGGAUAAGUGAUUCUUUUUUCACCUUUUUUAUUUUGGAGGUUUUCUCUUCUAGUCAUUUCAAACAUCUACUGUAUGUUCACUUUUUUUUUUGUUAGUUUGCUGACUAACAUUUGUCUUGUGUGUCAGAACACUAGCAUGAAUUCAGUAGAAUAUUCUGCUUUAUUUUUUGAUAUUGUGAUUCUGUAAUAAGAGGAUGUAAAUAAAAUAUAAUUGAAAUGUUUUUGAAGUUCUACAAUUCGACAGUUGUGUAAAAUUUAUAAUGUAUUUUUUUUUCACUUGUCUUACCUAGUUAACAGUUACUGAAUCGUGAACUUUAACUAGACUAAAAUCAUUGUUGAAUGUUCAGUGCACUAUUAUUCAAGUUCAAUUAAAUUUAUUAAGUUUUAAUUUAAUUUUAUCCUUUUGUCUGUAGUGUUUGUGUUACUUACACUUUGGUCCUGCUGUGUUGGUAUUCAGAUCCCAUGCGAUAGGUUUUUAAGAAAAAAAUUUUAAAUGAUUUUUUGUUUCCUGUUUGAUUGUGUAAGGAUCAGAUGACCAGUUACGAAUUCCACUUAGAAAAUUUUUUUCAGAAAUGACACUACUUCCUGACAAUAUAUUACUAAAAUUAAAAUUUCAUUGCUUAGAGAAAGAAUUUUAAAGAAAAAAAAAUCCCUUAAGAACCUAAAAUUAUUUCCUAAAAUUUACUACUGUUUGCUAUUCUGGUGUAGUUGAAUGUGCCUGGAAACUUCCACUUUUGAUUAGAAAAAUUCAGGAGUUUUGUUUAUAAAUGUGAUGGGAAUUUGGUUUUUGUUAAAAUUGAGAAAAAAUUAAGUGAAAUUGGGAGAUAAAAAAUCACUAUCAAGAUUUUUGCCCUUAUUGUCAUACAAAGUUAAAAAAUAAAA